AGAGUGCUGCCUGCGGCCAUGGCGUCCGAGCGGCUACCCAGCCGGCCGGCCUGCCUCCUGGUGGCCAGCGGCGCCGCCGAAGGUGUGUCAGCCCAGUCCUUCUUCCACUGCUUCACGAUGGCCAGUGCUGCCUUCAACCUGCAGGUGGCUACUCCUGGGGGAAAGGCCAUGGACUUUGUGGACGUGACCGAGAGCAAUGCACGCUGGGUACAAGACUUCCGUCUCAAGGCCUAUGCUAGUCCCGCCAAGCUGGAGUCCAUUGAUGGUGCCCGGUACCAUGCCCUCCUGAUCCCUAGCUGUCCUGGCGCCCUGGCCGACCUGGCCAGCAGUGGGUCCCUGGCACGCAUUCUGCAGCACUUCCGCUCUGAAAACAAACCCAUCUGCGCCAUUGGCCAUGGUGUUGCUGCCUUGUGCUGUGCCACCAGUGAGGACAGGUCCUGGGUAUUCACCGGCUAUAGCCUGACAGGGCCCUCUGUGUACGAGCUUGUCAGAGCACCUGGCUUUGCCCACCUGCCACUGGUCGUGGAGGACUUUGUGAAGGACUCAGGAGCUGGCUUCAGUGCUAGUGAGCCUGAUGCUGUGCACGUUGUUCUGGACCGCCACCUGGUCACUGGACAGAAUACCAACUCCACUGUCCCUGCUGUGCAGAACCUGCUCUUUCUCUGUGGUGGCCGGAAAUAAGCCUGUGGUAGAUGCUGCACCCUUGAGAUGGACCAGGUGUCCCCAGAGGGAGCCUCUGGGGCUCUGAAGACCACAUUUGUCCCCACCUGUUGAGGGGCCUCUGAGGCCCUGCCCUGGACCCUGUGGGACUGUUGAAGGCCUCAGAGAGAAAUGGUUGGAGUGCAGAGUGUUUUCACCAUCAAUGCAAGGAAGUCAGUUUCAAGGUUCUUGGGGUGGGGUCUUGCCCUACUGUGGCCUCUCUGCUGACCCCAUCUCCUUAGCUACUGGGGGGUAAGGGUUAGGGAGGGCCCAACAGACCUGUGCUUACUCAGAACUCAUCCUGGCCAAAGGUGAACAGGGAAAUUCCUGUUCACAUUCCCUGCCCCCAAACUGGCAGCACUCCUGCUGAAGAAAUCUGCCCUCAUUUAGCCCUUGCUGUGUGGAGGCCCCCACCAAGCCCAGAAUGGUGCUGCAGCCAUCAGGAUAGACACAGGUGUCACCCCGCCCUGUAUAGUAUUGAUAAAUAUGUUUGUGAAUAUCACACUAUGACAUUCUUAAGAAACUGCUGUCACCCAACCCCCCAGUUUGCCCAGUGGUGUUUGUCUUGUAGCACCUGUGGAGUGGCCAUAGGUUCAAGGUCUAUGUGGAAGCAGGACUGGCCAUGAGUCAUCACCUCUCAGGCCCUGGACAGGCCUUUGCUGGGGCCCAAGGCAGCUUUGUGACUGUCUCUCUCUUGAGUGCAAUUUGUUUGCUGUCUCUUCCUGGGGUGUCUGGCAUGUGGCCCUCCAGUGAGCAGCCUGCUGGCCCUGGAGUAGCUCAGGUCCUCUCCGAUCUCUACCUGACUGGCUAUCACAGCUAUCCCCAGGCUCCAGGGUGGUACCCAGUGUCAGGGACUUGGCAGGAGGCACCUUGGUGGUCAUAAGGCUUUGAUGAAGAAAAUUCAAAACAAAUAGAAGACUGAAGCAAGGCAAGGCACUGCUGCUGGCCUUGCACCGUCCUCCCUCAUCUGCUCUUGUCACCAUGUGGUAAUGGACAUCCCUGGACAAAACUGUUGAAAAAUCUGAAUCAUGCCUUGUCUUGGUCUGUUUAGACUGCUGUAAUGAAAAACGAACAAAAACACACAGAGUGGGUGGUGUGUGCACCACAAAAGUUACUUCUCUUUGGGCCCCAGUGACCUACACCUGUAAUCCUAGCUACUUGGGAAGCUGGGGAGGAUCAUGGUUCAAGGCCAGCCCUGGCAAACGUUUUG